GGCCACCUCCGGGCGUCACCAUGACAAUUCCGCGGCACGUGACCCAGAGCCAGCAGCGACCCCCGCGCGCCGCCAGCGCAGGCAUGGACGAUGGCUUCCUUAUGGAGGUGUGCGUGGACUCGGUGGAGUCUGCCGUCAACGCGGAGCGAGGAGGUGCCGGCCGGAUCGAGCUGUGCGCGGGCCUGGUGGAGGGAGGAACCACCCCGAGCAUGGGGCUCCUGCAGGUGGUGAAGCAGUGCGUGCGGGUCCCGGUGUUCGUCAUGAUCCGGCCUCGCGGCGGAGAUUUUCUCUACUCGGACCGAGAGGUGGAGGUGAUGAAGGCCGACAUCCGCCUGGCCAAGCUGCACGGUGCGGAUGGGCUGGUCUUCGGGGCCCUCACUGAGGAUGGUCGCAUCGAUACGGAGCUCUGCACGGCGUUGCUGGCUGUUUGCCGGCCCUUGCCAGUCACGUUUCACCGAGCCUUCGACAUGGUGCACGACCCUCAGGUGGCACUGGAGACUCUGAUUUCUCUGGGGUUUGAGCGGGUAUUGACCAGUGGCUGCGAUAGCUCAGCACUGGAAGGAUUAUCCUUGAUUAAGAAACUCGCAGAACAGGCAAAGGGCAGAAUUGUCGUAGUGCCAGGGGGUGGCAUCACAGAGCGCAACCUGCAAAGGAUUCUGGAAGGCUCUUCUGCUUCUGAGUUUCACUGCUCUGCUCGCUCAGCUCGGGACUCAGGGAUGAAGUUCAGAAAUCCAAAUGUUGCCAUGGGAGCGUCGUUCUCUGCCCCUGAGUACUCUGUUAAGGUGGCGGAUGUGGCUAAAGUGAGGACCCUGAAUGCCAUUGCAAAGAACAUUCUGUAGUGGAAAGCACUGUGCUGGAACAAGAGCACCAAGACUCCAGAGUUUUUCCUGCCACGUGGACAGAUGUGUACUGCUUCCGUCCUCAGGCUGUGGAGGAUGCAAAUUAGGUGACAAAGCCUGAUGUUUCUUCCCUUGGUUUCCCCUGAGUGACCAGUCCCUGGCCUGGAAACUUACGUUGGCCAUUUUAAAUAAAAGGACUCAUUCUUGGAUGUGAUGGCAACAAGCUGCUCAGCAGUAUUUAGAGAGGAAGGGAGCUGAGCAAGUAUGGGAGAAUAAAUUGUGUAGCACUGCAUGUGAUCAUCAAAUAAAUGCUGCAGCUGCUCCCCUCUUA